UACGAGUUAAGUUUGUCAAACUAAAUGAAGUUCUUUUUACUCCCCGAACCUCCCCACGUGGUGUCGCUGUUUGUUCCACCUCCGCGCGGGGGACCUGACAGUAAGCCCACGUGACGUCACAUGUAAACACCACCAGCACCCAUGGCCUGCAGGUCCUCCUCACCCUGUCAGCUGAGCAGUGAUGUUACGAAUAAAAAACCGCGUGAGAUACAGCGCCCCGGGCGUCGCCGCUGCGAAGCUGUUUUCCUCCGGUAACGACAAGAACCCCGUCGUGUUUCUGGACAUCGAGGCCGACAGUGAGCCUCUUGGAAGAAUAACUAUUGAGUUGAAUGCAGACGUAGUGCCAAAGACUGCAGCAAACUUCAGAGCACUGUGCACGGGGGAACCUGGCUUUGGAUUCAAGGGCUCUGUGUUUCACAGGGUCAUACCUGAGUUCAUGUGUCAGGGGGGAGAUUUCACCCACCACAAUGGCACAGGAGGGAAAUCUAUAUAUGGGAAGACAUUCAGAGAUGAAAACUUCAAAUUAAAACACACCGGGCCAGGAACGCUUUCAAUGGCGAAUUCAGGGCCAAACACCAACGGCUCCCAGUUCUUCAUCUGUACGUCUAAAACUGAAUGGCUUGAUGGUAAACACGUGGUGUUCGGCCAGGUGAAGGAAGGUAUGGACGUGGUCACUAAGAUGGAAUCGUUUGGUUUACAUGACGGUGGAGUGAUUAAGACAAUUGUCAUCACCGACUGCGGGGAGAUGAAAUAACACCCGAGAUCACACACGUGGACUUCUUUUCCGAUGAAUCGGCACGCAAAAAAUGUGAUAUUUACUUUAUGUUUCGUCCCGUGUUCUUUCAAGAAGAAACUUUUACAGGUGAUUCUGUUGUUCACACGCCAAGACGACUGUCGGCCGAUGUCAGCGAUGGUCUGUAAACACUGUUUUGUUUCAUGUAUGCAUCAUAACAGCUGCUUGUUUAUUUACAGUCAUAUGUUUUCCUAGUUCUUUUUAUGUAGGUUCAAUGUGUCCGGGCCUUAAACUCUGGUAUUAUUCUGUUCUGGAUUAUGUUGUUAGAAGAUGUCUUGCAUUUACUUUGUCACCCACUAUGUAAAAUGUUCUUAUUAUGCAAUUACUCUCCAUUUACUGCCAAAUAAAACUGUUUUCAGAUUUUA